UCGAUGUGGGGGCAGCUGAAUUAACUGAAGACAAAACCAGAGACUCCGCAGUGAAACUCAUCUGUGUCUCCACAGCAUCAUGAGCCACGUGCUGAACAAUGUGGGACCAGGACUUAACAUUGUGUUGGUAGAUGGUGAAAGUGGAGUUGUAGAGAAAUCACACUAUCUUGAUAUGAAUGCAGGAAACCCAGAAGACAUCCUGGCGUACCUGAAGGAGAUUAAACCUGGAAUGAUUGUCUUGGUGGCCUCCUUUGAUGAUGUGACAAAGAAGAUGACAGAUGAAAUGAGGGAGAUAUUUGUCGGGAUGGGAAGCGCUUUGAUCAGGUCUGUAAGGCACAGAGACAGCUGGGUGUUUGCUGGGAGAGCAGGAGCAAGAAGCAAAAGCCUCUUUGAGAAGCAAGCUGCUCAUGAUGAGAAAACCAACAUUUAUGAAGGAUGGCCAGAGAUGGUGGAGGUGGCCGGCUGUUUUCCAAGAAACCAGACUGACAGACUGACUGACUGACAUCUGUGAUGAACUGCUAAAUGUGAUGGAAGUUUCUUUUUUUUAAUGGCCUUUCAAGAUUUCUCUGUAAAAUGACGCCGCUCCAAAUGGUGUCAAAUCUCUUUCUAAAAUUAAAAGCU